UGAUGUCUGCCUUUCAGCCCCAGUGGCGAGUGCCCUCGGCCGCAGGUUCGGGUUCCGUCCGACCAUCAUGGCGGGAGGGGUGGUCGCAGCGGUGGGGUUUGCUCUCAGCUGGUUCGCGACUCGACUUCUCCAUCUCUACAUCACCAUCGGAAUCAUUGCAGGGUUAGGAGGCUCUCUGUGUUUGGUAAACGUGUCCACAAGUGUUGGGAGAUACUUUACAACUAAGCGGCUCCGUGCCAACAGCUUUAUAACACUGGGAUCCGGAAUCGGCUCCCUCGGCUUCCCUCCUCUCUGUCAAUUCUUGUUGGACGAGUACGGAACAAGAGGUGCGUCAGUGAUAAUCGGCGGUAUUGUACUUAACAUGGCGGCUUUUGGUGCUCUAGUUCGGCCAAUACGUCUUGUUACUGACAUCAAACCCGACCAAGACGUACGAGGAAUUCCGCACUCUAUGACGAAGGAGGCUUUGCUUACCCACGAUCAAGGCGAGGACUCUGUCGAAGACGUUUCCGUAAAAGUUCACCAACCGAAACGAUUCUUUCCCACCGUGUACUGUAGCCUCCUGAAAGAUACAUCAUUUGUGUUGUACCUUGUAUCAUUAGGACUUAUGUCGUCCAGUUAUUUAGUCAGUAACAUUUAUCUCGCUCCUCGCGCAAAACUGUUCGGUGUUGACGACUACCAGGCAGCUUCUCUUCUGUCUAUCAUCGGCAUUACAACAAUCGCUGGUCGCGUUCUGGUCGCAGUUCUGUCAAAGUGGAAAAAUAUUCCUCUCAAUUCCGUCGAUCAGUAUGCCACUUCUGCCACGCUUCUGGGCAUGACCAUGCUGUUUAUGCCGCUUGCCACCAACUACGGUUCCAUGGCUACUUACAGUGUCAUCUUCGGGCUAUUUUCCGGCGCCAUCACCCCUCUAAUGCUCACGGCAACAGCGGACCUGGGAGAGGGGGACAGACUUCCCGCUGCGUUCGGGUUCACCGGAUUCUUACAGGGUGUGGCCGGACUUGUCGGACCACCGGUGUCAGGGGCGCUGCGUGACGCCACAGGCAGCUAUGACGUGACGUUCCUAUUCGGAGGCGCAUGCGCAACGCUUGGAGGGCUGGUUCCAUUCCUACUGCACAUGCGCGUGUUUGCCAAACGCAGGGCACGGUUUGCCAUGGAAACGCCGUCGUCUGAUGACGUCACCAAAAAGGGAAUACGAGAGAAUUAUGAUUAUGUAGUUAUAAGGGAAACUUCCAUAUGAUUUAUGUCGUGAAAUCUUUUUAUCAAAACAAGAAGAUUCUUGUACAAGAGUUCAAUCUUGCUACAUAAUACUCAAUUCGGGUGUAACAAUUUCAAGUGCAAUGAAAUGAAAUGAAUUCUUGACAGCAAGAACAAUAUUCUACAGGUACCAGCUGUAAGUAUAAACUCUUUGCGAAAGAGAACUAUCGGUUCCUUAAAGUUUCUCCAAAUAUGGAUCAUCGUGCAAAUAAUGUCAUGCAUGCUGAAUGAUAAAUUUUCUUUGUUCAAGAAAAAACAAGAAAAUAAGAAAAGUCAUUUUUAGAAGCGUAGCUUCGCUCUGUAAUGCUGGACAGGACUUUGUAAAAAGCCUGGUGUCACCUGCAAAGGAUGGACUGAUCGAACUGAGAGAGUGCUUACUAUCUUUUAUCGACGUGAUACUUGUGUGCAAUGCCAUUAGCUUGCAGUUUGGUGUCGUUAUAUCGUCAACGAAACGUGCUGUAUAGUAUUUACGUGUCAUUAACACCGCCGAAAGAUGAUCAAUGUAUAAACAUUCCCAAAUUACUUUGUCAGUUUUAUGAAAAACCUCACUUGUUAAAAACGAAUAUACAAGUAGCUGCCCUUAGCAGUUUGGUAAGUUGUCAUGUUUGUUGUAAAUUGCUGUGUCGUGUAGGGCAGGAAUUUUUACUUAACGCAAAGAGUAAGCCAUACUGCCAUAACGCGCUCAGUAUUGCUACAUCCACGUAGAUUUCCAUGUAUUAUUCCAUUGGGUAAACAUGUUGAUCAUUGUAAUGACUUUGUAUGCUAUGUAGCGUUACUUUGAAACAAUAUUAAACUUGUUAUCUCAAACCAA